GGACCAUGCACAUGACUUUGCUUUCCUUAGAAGAACGUCUAGAUGUAGUAGCAGUGAUUCAGUCUUUUUUUGACCGAAGCUGAAUUUGAAUUCACUUGAGACCAGAGGAAAUUCGUCGAAAAGAAAAUGACGGCCUUUCUUCCGCCGAAUCUUUUGGCAUUAUUUGCUCCGCGCGAUCCAAUCCCAUAUUUACCGCCUUUGGAUAAACCUGCUUGGUUGAGGCGACCAUGGGCAUACACAGGCAUUUCCAAGUUCGUCAGAGAAUUUGAGGAUCCAAAAGAAACUCCCCCUCCUACGCGGGGAGAAACUAGAGAUGAAAAAACAGAACGCAAGAGGAAAGAAAAAAUAGAACGUACCACAAAGUUUCAAGAAGAGCAGAUGGAGCAAUGGGAUCCUCAUAAUGAUGCAAAUGCUGUAGGAACUGAUGCAUUCAGGACACUUUUUGUCGGAAGAAUUAACUUUGACACCUCAGAAUCUAAGUUAAGACGAGAGAUGGAGUUGUAUGGGCCUAUCAAAAGAAUUCAUUUAGUGCACAAUACAACAAAUGACAAGCCACGGGGUUAUGCCUUUAUUGAGUAUGAACAUGAACGAGACAUGCAUGCUGCUUACAAGCACGCCGAUGGAAAGAAAAUCGACGGUAGGAGGAUUGUGGUGGACGUGGAGAGAGGUCGCACAGUCAAGACAUGGAAACCAAGAAGGCUUGGUGGAGGACUCGGAGGAACUCGUAUCGGAGGACCAGACGAGAAUGUAAAGCACUCUGGACGUGUGGAGAAUACUGAGAGAUACGAGGACCGUGAACGCGGCGAGAGGGACAGAGGAGGAGAUCGCGAGAGGGAACGCGAUCGCGAGCGAUAUAGGGACCGUGAGCGUGACAAAGAUCGUGAGCGUUACAGGGAGCGUGACCGAGAUCGCGAUAGAGAUCGUGAUCGUGACCGCGAAAAGGAACGUCGAAAGCACCGAAGUAGGUCACGUGAAAAAGAGCGUGAGAAAGAGCGUGACCGUGAUCGCGACCGGGACAGAGAGAGGCGGCGUGAUCGUGACCGUGAUAGAGAUCGUGAUCGCGAUCGUGACAGGGAAAGGGAGCGCGACAAAGAACGUGACCGUGACCGUGAUCGUGACGGAGAAAGAAUGAAAGAGGAACCGAAUGGUGAAUACCCACAAUAUGACAACGACAACCAGCUCGACAACAAUAACUUGGAAAUGGUAGAUUAACACAGAUGAAGUUGUAAGAGUCCAUCGUCGCCUUUGCACUGACUGACUGACUGACUGAAAGGAAAGGAAAGCAUGAUCAAGAGCUGAAAUGAAGAAAACAGAUUCAUUGUGCAUUAUAAAAUCGUCUAAGGUUUAAUUCAGUCUAUCUUUUAAGAAUGCACCUUUCCUACUUUCUGAGUAUGCCUUGGCAGGUCACACAGCGUCACUCUUAAAGCCGUCGAUGAGACAAGCUACGCUAUCAACCAAGAAGAAACUUUGAAGGUUAAUUAUAGCAUGAUGGUCUAUUAUUUUUCACCUGCAGCUGUACCCUAGUUUUUCUAUGGGGGCGGCUAUUGUAACAUAUCCUUCUUACAUUCUGAGCUGAUAUUCUGUUAUGCCCAGCUGCCUCAGACUUAAAGCAUUAGAUAGUGCAGGCAGAUUUGUGAGAAUUGAUGAAGUAGGACUUCAAAGUUGACAAGGUUACCAGCAUUCCUGUGUGCGGUUACGAUUACCUCAUUUUAUCAUGCAUUCAUUGUAAUUUUUCGGCAGUUGUUCGUAGUUUUAUGUUAAGCCAACUAUAGGUAUUGACCUUUUUAUCAACAAAAUUUUAAAUGAAACCUCUAGAAUGGACUUGCCGAGUUUAAAUAAAAAAUGAGACAAAUAA